AUGGAGCCCAACAGCCCUAAAAAAAUACAGUUUGCUGUGCCGUUGUUUCAGAGUCAAAUAGAUCCCGAGGCAGCUGAGCAGAUCAGGAAAAGAAGGCCUACACCAGCAUCACUUGUUAUUAUGAAUGAACAUGUGCCCCCGGAAAAAGAUGAGAAGAGAACAAAUAUCUCACAGGCAGAGUCCCAGAGCGCCUCUCCAAAGCAGAGGAAGCAGAGCGUCUUCACCCCGCCUGCCCUCAAAGGGAUUAAGCACCUGAAGAGUCAGAGUGAAUCAGCAUUUCCAGAGGAAGAAGAGGGAGUUGGUGAAAGGGAAGAGGAGUGGAGUCAUUAA